AUGCCUAACCUCGAGCAGUUUGUCGACUUCAAUCCUGAAAAGGAGAUCCCAAACCUACACGGCAAGGUCAUAUUUAUAACGGGGGGAACAUCAGGACUGGGGAGAGCUUCCGUGAUAGGUCUUGCGAAGCAUGAUCCGGCACACAUAUACUUCAGUGGCCGAAACUCCGAAGCAGCUCAAGAACUGAUUCGAGAAGUACAAACGGAACAUCCUUUAGUCCAGACGACCUUUAUUAAAAUGGACAUGACAUCAUUAGCUUCCGUAAAGAAAGCUUGCGGUGAAUUCGUGAAUGAUCGGCUUGAUGUCCUCAUGUGCAACGCAGGUGUCAUGUUUAUUCCUCCUGGCGUGAGCUCGGAUGGUUUCGAGCUCCACUUUGCUAUCAACCAUUUGGGUCAUGCAAUGAUCAUUAAUGAGCUCCUACCAGUGUUAAGAAAGACUGCCCAAUUGCCCAAUUCUGAUGUACGUGUUAUGUCCUUGACAUCAACGGCUUGGAAAAGCCACCCGAAGGAUGGCGUCACCUUUUCCACGCUUCGUACCCCGCAGAAAGGAUUCAUGGGAGCAUUAUUGAGAUACGGACAAAGCAAGCUUGCCAAUAUUGUCUAUGCUGCUGAGCUUGCUCGUCGCCACGCAGACUCAGGCAUAAAGUUCAUAUCUGUCCACCCAGGUGCUUCGCACACCCCCUUGACAACGAGACCUCCUUUACAUCUAAAGUUACUCGUGAUCAUCGUUUUAUGGUUAAUGGGAGCGACCUUUAUGGAGGAAGAUAAGGGUCGCCUAAGCCAGCUUUGGGCGGCAGCUGGAGCCAAGAAAGAGCAGUUAACGAAUGGAGGAUUUUACAUGCCUGUUGGACGAUUGAGUGACGACAGGCUAGAUGAGACUGCCAGUAGUCCAGAAUUGGCUAAGAACUUGUGGACUUAUACUCAGGAUGUUUUGAGCAAGUUUUAA